GUGAAUUGUGUUUGAAAUAUGCAUUCAAUACAAUGUUAUAUAAAAAUAACAUUUAUAUUAUAUAUUUUCAAAUUGUAAUGUCAAGAGUUAGUAUGAGGUUUGCCUUCAAUUUGACCAAAAAAUAGUGACAAUUGAUUGACUACUUAUAUAUCUAACACUGUUGGACACUAUUGUAUGGGUAUUGGAUGUGACAUACAGUGAAUUGAUAAGCUAUUUGAUGUGCGGAUAGGUAUCCAUACAUACUAUCAGUGCAGCAGUUGAUCAAUGCAUUGAACAUCACUUUGACAGUGAUUUGUGUGAAAAACUAAUACAUUUUCAAUUAAACUCAUGUGACUGUCUAUUGGUUAGACAACUGUAUGACUAAUUAUAGUGAUUGUAAUAUCAAUGAAUUAUUGAUGACAAGUGAUGACAUAUAUUGAUAUCAAUUAGUGAUGGAUUGCAACGAUUACAGAGACACCGAUGAAACAGUGAGGUCUACCUCAGCGCCCACUUCUCCCACACAACAGUCCCGACAGAUCAGCGGAUGUCUGACCAGAGGUCAAGGAAAAGGUCACCAUAGGGUACAGUUCCCGGAGGACAACUGUAUUGUGACCGGUUAUUUUGAAGCACCCGAUCCCUAUCAAUAUGUCAUUGAUCAAAGUAUCGAAACAUUAUAUGAUUCAUAUGUGACGGCGUGUGGCAAACAAAAUAUUAAACCCAUUCCUAGAGUUGUUCAACAGUUAAAGAAAUUUAAAUGUAACCAAAUUAGAGGACAGGAUCUCAUCCUCAAAGGUGAACGUCUUGACUAUCGACACUGUGAAGCGUUAGAAGAGAUACUAAAGAGAGUUAUGUUUCGUAAAAUCGAUUUGGAUUCGUGUGAUUUGGAUGGAGAGGGUGCCUCAGCUUUAUUUGAUAUGAUUGAGUUUUACGAGUCGGCAUCGCAUCUAUGUCUGGCAAACAAUAAGUCCAUUGGUGUGAUGGGAUGGCAGGCAUUGUGUCGGACAUUGAAAAAAACUUCAUGUCUUCAAUUUCUCAAUCUAAGCAAUACUGGUCUUAAUGAACAAAUUCUUCUGAUUAUGGGUCGGGCUAUGCGUUUGGGUUCACAUUUAGUGACCAUUUAUUUGGAAAACUCAGGAUUAUAUGGCAGAAGACUUGCUAUAUUAGUGGCCGCACUGAAGUUAAAUACUAAUCUUCGUGAACUGUAUUUGGGAGACAAUAAGAUCUGUUCAGCAGAUGGCGUCCAAAUUGGAAAUCUUCUUCGAGCUAAUUCUUGUCUCGAUAUUCUUGACUUAAGACGGAAUCACAUCCAAGACAUUGGCGUCGACCACAUAUGUGAGGGUCUCUCUCAUCAGUGCUACGGAGGGUUAAAGAUAUUAAAUCUGAGCGAUAAUCAAAUAACGAGUCGUCCAAUGAAUCAUUUAUCACAAUCACUGAUUCAGUGCCGAUCUCUGAUAGGAUUAGACCUAUCGUACAACGGAUUAUCUAAUGACGGGAUUUCCAUAUUAAAAGAAGGACUCAUUUCAUGCAAAGAACUUAAAUAUUUAAAUCUAAGGGCAGAUAAUAUUAACUGUGAGGGAGCCAUUACUAUUUCACAAGUUAUUGAAAUUAAUGAAAAAUUAAUAAUUGUUGAUUUAAGUGAUAAUCAAAUUCAAAUUACUGGUCUUAAAGCUUUAUGUUCAGCGAUUAAAUUAAAUAAACGAAUUGUUUCACUAAAAUUAUCUCAAUAUCUUAAAUGUAAUGAUAAUGAUGAAGACGAACAACAAAUUGAAAAACAAUAUAAUGAUUUGUUGACUGAAUUGAAUGACUAUUGUUUGCAAAAUAAGACAAAUACCGUUUACGAAGAGCCAAAUGAAUUGCUAGAAUCGUACUUGGAAUCUCAUAGCGAAAGUGAUUUAACUGAUGAUGUGUUUAAUGAUAUAAGUGACCAAUUAUUAGAUGACGAUUCAAGACUUAAUGAUAAUGAGAGUCGACCGGAUGUUAUAUCAGAUGUUAUGAAUGGAUCAAAUGGCUAUUCAUUUAGUAAACCAGAUAUAGUUUCAAUGCAAGAAAACCUAACUCAUAGCCAUCAUAAGCCAAUUGCCAGAACUGUUAGUUUAGGCUCCUGUGGCUCGUCAUACGAUUCAUAUCGACAGUCCGGUCGGUUUAGUGUUUCACCAGUAAAUUUAGAUUCAGAUUCACUACAAGAACAAGUGCCGCAAUUAGAUAUAACUCCGGAUGAAAUGCCAAUACAAACAAAUAAUGAGUUAAACACAGACAACAAUAAUCAGAUAACUAGUGAAUUAAAUGAAACAAAUGAUCAGUUAAUGGAUUUGCCAAAAAAGAUGUCUAAAAAUCAAUUUCUAAGUCCAGAAUCGCCGUAUAAUAAGAAUAUUAGACGAAUGAGUUCUCCAAACUUAUCGCAAACCAAUCCAAAUACCAAACCCAAAGUCCGAUCCAUAAAUCUAUUUAAAAGUUAUACUCAUUUGGAAAGUCUUGACCUCAAAAGUUCACUUCCUAUUUCACCCACAUUUUUUGGCCGAUUUGAAUUUCCCGAUCCUUUACUACUGAGAUUACCGCCAGAAGUCGAUGAUAUUAUAGCUAAGUUUGGCGACUGUGAGUCCAGUCCUGUCCAAGUUAUCUAAAUAUUUGACAUCAAAAUUAUAGUUUACUAUCGCUAACAAAAUUGGACAAUAAUUUGUGUGCGAUUUUUAGAAAUAAUAUAAACU